UUGAACACUGGACAGUUUGAGCUGGCGUUUCUUUCUCGGUAAUCGGUAUCUUUCUUUCUAGUACCUGCACAUCCCCUCAAAUAAGAAAUAACACCCACUGGUUGCAUACUUCUCUUUGGUUUAUAUUUUUUUCCGGAAGUCAAUUAUUUGACAGGACAACGCGCUCCGGGAAGGAUGGCUGCCAUCAAGGCGCUUCAACAGUGGUGUAAACUUCAGUGCAAUGGGUACCGAGAUGUGGCUAUCAUCAACAUGACAACUUCUUUUAGGGACGGGUUAGCGUUCUGUGCGCUUAUCCAUAAGUACAGACCGGACUUAAUAGACUACGACUCCCUGAAUAAAGAGGAUGUUUUUGACAACAACAACUUGGCUUUCCGGGUUGCGGAGGACAAGCUGGGGAUCGCUGCUCUGCUGGAUGCAGAGGACAUGGUGGCCCUGAGGAUCCCAGACCGACUGAGCGUCCUCACCUACGUCUCCCAGUACUACAACUACUUCCACGGACGCAACCCUAUUGGAGGGGUGGGUGCUGUGAAAAGACCAGCAGAGGGCUCCAAGGAGGAGCUGUCUGGAAAGAAGAAUCUCCCGGUGGUGGCCAAAACAAUAGUGUCUAAAACGGCCAUAGAGAAUCGACCACCUUGCUCCUCUCUCAUGGUGAAAACCUCCCCCAAAUCAACCAGAGCUGCUGUCCAGAAGACGGAGGUUUUGGUGGAGAGCUCCAAUAAGACAGGCACUCUGAGCAGUAAAUGUGUUGUGUGCAAAUGCCACGUUCAUCUGGUCCAACGGCACUUCAUCGAGGGGAAGCUUUACCACAGGAGCUGCUUCAAGUGCAGUGAAUGCUCCAAUGUCCUCCUGGCUGGGGCCUAUAAACCAGGGAAGGAGCCAGGUAGCUUCAUCUGUAAUGACCACCAGAACACCAAGAAUGGCUGCAACAAGCCUCCCUCCUCUGGGGCUGUCAUCCAAACCGGAUCCCCAAGCGCCAACGUUGAAUCCAAAAGUGACACCAGCAGAGUCCAGUCUGUCUCCCGCCCCACCUCUGUGCCUUCGACCCCCGUCAAGGUGGUCUUGAAGCCCGUGGAGACCACCACCACCACCACCCCAGCUCCCCAACCAUGGACCAGCUCGGCCCGGAGAACCCAGGCAGCACGGCAUAAGUUCUUCCAGUCAUCUACCUCAGCCCCAGAGGGCCCCCCCAGCAGCCAUAAGCCCCCAGCCCCCUCAGGACUGCCGAGGGUGCCCCUGAGUACUGAGGAAGAGAAGAACCGAGCCAGGGCUGUCAUUACCAAGAAACUAGUUGAGGCUAACUGCAACAACAAUAACACCAGAUACUUUGUUAUCCGACCAGCAGAAAGGAGGUUUGGAGACUUGCCAAGCUCAGCUGACCUCCCCAGCUGGAAGCAGGCUAACUGUGGGCCAGGCACAGCAGGACAACAAGCAGCCCAACCCUUCACCAGCAAUAAGGAAUUGCUGAACACUGUCAAAAAAGCCAGCGCCGGACCAACAACUGUAUCCUCCACCACCAAAGGCAGGCUUUUUCAAUUCCACUUAAUUUGGAGAACUUACCGUGCAGAGGCUCCUGUUAACUGGCGAUCUAAGCUCAAGCCUGUUAAAAAUGGACCAGGACUGAAGUUCUGUCUGAACUUACUGUAUGUUCAAUCCAAAAUGGUUGAUUUCAGGGAGAGUCCAAUAUUUUCCUGCUCCUUACAUGCACCCUCUUUCUCCAGUACCUCUGACUCUGAGGACCGAGCGAUCGUUGUUGAGCAACCCAAACCUGAAGCCAUCUCGAAGUCUUUCUCUACUAGUAUCAUCGUCAACAUCAGCUCUACCUCUCCUCGGACUCCCCCAGCAGCCUUCAACCCUCUUCCACCUGGCCCUUUGUCUCACAGAGCUCCAUCUCCCAGGCAGCCCCGUCGCGGCUCUGGAGGCUUGGGUACUAGAAAUUUGAAUUAUUCUACUACUCUGUCGUCCACUCCUCCCCUGGUUCCUGUCUGGCACAGGGUCCCAACUUCAAGUCAGCCUCACCACAGCUCUGCAGGAUCGGGCUCAAAGAAUGGCAGUUAUUCUCCCCCUAUGUCUCCUAAACAGCCUCACCAGGGCUCCACAGGCUCUAAAAAUGGAAAGUAUUUGUCACCCACAAACACUUCCAGGUCUGAAAUGAGGUUACCCUUGUGUAAGUCACAUCACAUCCCCAUGGAUCAGAUAGUGAAGGAGCUGCGUGAGAUUGACGACUGCCUGGGUGACUUGGAGAGGAAGGGAGUGGAGAUGGAGAAGAGGCUUCGCAGCUGUGAGGAAGAGGGCGAGGGGGACAUUUUGAUGGACCCUCUGAUGGUUGACUGGUUCAACCUGAUCCGAAAGAAGCAGACAUGCAUUAGGAGGGAGUCGGAGCUUGUGUACAUAGCUAAGACUCAAGACCUGGAGGAGCAGCAGCCUGGGGUGGAGGGUGAGCUGCGCAGACUGUUGGAGAAACCAGAUCAUCUGAAGUCUACUUCGGAGCGUCGGCGAGAGGACAGGCUGAUGGAGAGGUUGAUGGAGAUUGUAAACGGUAGAAACGCAAUCGUAGAAGGACUGGAUGAGGACAGGCUCAGGGAAGAUGAAGAGGAUCAGCAAUUGAAUGAAAUGAUGCAGACUCUUGGACUUAAAAAAUCCAAAAUCAAGAGGAAGUCCUCCUUCAAAAUGCUGUUCAGACGAAAAAGUAGUAAAAAGGUCACAGUGAGUGAUCAGGGGACUGUGUUAUAAUUGUUCCAUCCUGCUCUGGGGGUUGCAGUAUGUGUUGUCGUGUCUGGGAUGUUUUAAAUUGGGUUUAUCUUUUCAAGAGGUGAUACGGAGUGUGUGUGUAUACAUCAACUUGUGUUCAUGGUGGUAUUGGAGUUCAGCUAAUAAGUAACAAGAUUAUGUUGCUGAGCCUGAAGGUCAAAGACCAACAUUCAGCUACAUAUCAGAUCGAGUUGGUGUUUUGUCGCAAAGGUUUGUUUAGAAAGGCUUUUUGUUUGAAAAGAUUCCAGGCUUUUACUCUUCAUUUAGUGUUCAGUUGUUGUUCUUGAGACUGGUCUCAUGACACUUGACUGAUCAUAAUCUGAUGUUUUGUUCCUUGUGGUGUAUAUCUAAGAUGUCACAAUUUUAACUUAUGGUUUGCUUCUUGUUUUUUUUCACUCACUGUUUUUCCUCACAUCUAGGUUGGGAUUGUUGUGAAGGUGUUCAAGAGUCACUGUUAAAAUGAGUCAAAUGCAAAAUAAUGUAACUGGUAUUGUUGCACCGUAUAAUGGUAAAGGGAAAUACAUAUCACUGUGAUUUAAGUUGUUAGUAUCAAAAUAAUAGAAAUUGCCUUAAUGCGUGCUGAUUUUUUUAUUUAUUAAUUUUUUUUGCUUCAGUAGGUCUAAUUAUUUUAAUACAGAUGUAUUUAUUUGAUUAUGCUUCCAAAAAGGAUGUUAUUAGUAACCACAAACAUUGAAUAACAUUUUGAGUGGAAUCCGUCUGUAGACCGGGUGAAGUGGUGAGCAGCAUGUUCUACGCUGCCACAUUUUAAAGGCUGUAUUUCUCCUGUUGUGCUGUAGGUGGCACCAUGGUUUUACCGUGUGUGUUUUAUAUAUAGGAACCAGGCAUGAACCUGAAUCCCAAUUUGCCACAGUACAGGCAGUUAAUUUAUUUGCUAAUUUUAUAAAUGCUGCAAAAUGUUCCAACUCUGCUGAUGCAAUAACAUUGUGAAAGAUUACGUAGAGCAGUAGCUUAUAGGCCAGGAAAAGGCUUAUAAACUAGUGGUUAUGUUGAGCUUUUUAUCUUAAACCUGGUUCAAUUAAACAUAAUUCUAUACUAAUGUAUGUACUGAAGCAUUGUUUUAUGCCUGGUCCAUUUAUUGCAAUGUUUUAAGUAAAACAAUUGUUGGCAUUUGGAGUCAUCUGUGAAAAUACUGUUUGAGGUAUGCACAGGUCCCAAUGUCUCGUGACUUUUAAAAAAUUGGAAGGGAUGUUAAAUGAAUGUGUACAUAAAGUGUAUUUAUAUUUUUAAUUGGAAUGAGUUUGCUGUCCAAUAAAUAAUUUGAACAUC